AUGUCGUCCGUCCCAUCGACGUCCCGUCGCCCUCCUACCAUCAUCUCCAUUACGCCUCUCCGCGCCCUUCCUCCCUCCCCUCACAAUCUGUCUUCCCUCCCCGCAUCCCGUCGUUCCUCUCUCCCCUUCCAUCCCGUCGCUCCUCUCUACCCUCCCAUCCUGUCGUUCCUCCGCUCUACCCUCCCAUCCCGUCUUUCCUCCUCUCCCCUCCCAUCCCGUCGUUCCUCCUCUCUUCCUUCCUAUCCCGUCGUUCUUCCCUUCUCCCCUCCCAUCCCGUCGUUCCCCCUCUCUCCCCUCCUCUCCCGUCAGCCCCCUUGUCCCCAGUCCCUUCUCUUCGCCGUCAACCAAUCAACCGGAAUCCACCAUGUACGGGGCCUCCACCCAGAGAGCCCCGCCUUCCGCAUCGCCAUCGUCCCACUCCCGGUCCACCAAGCAAACGGCGCGUCUUGUAACGAAUCCGCUGCUGCUGCUGCGAUGACCGAGGAUACUGAAAAAUUCUCGUUUCCCAAAGCACCGGUGUUUAUGAAAGCGCCAGUGGUGACAGGAUUCGGGCGUGGGAGUAAGCAGAUGGGCAUUCCAACAGCCAACAUGCUACCGGAAGUGCUGAGGGAGCAGCUAGAGGGCAUGCAGCGAGGCGUGUACUUUGGGUGGGCCAGACUGCCACACCUGGAGGGUGAAGGGACAACACACAGGGGAGCGGGUGGCGAGGGAGAGGUUGGUGGGGGAGAGGAGGGCACGGGAAGGCCUCGGGUGUUCAAGAUGGUGCUGAAUGUCGGCAGGCGUCCCACGUUUGUUGACGGAGAUGACGUCACCGUGGUACGUGAUGACGUCACUGUGAUACUGCUGCUGUACAUUCUUCCCAUCGUUGCCCUACAGGAGGUGCACAUUCUAUCCUCGUUUGAGGAUGAUUUCUAUGGCGAGGAGCUGCAGGUGGUUGUGCUGGGCUACAUCCGCCCAGAAAGAAAGUUUUCCUCUCUCGAUGACCUAGUAUCGCAGAUCAAAUCAGACAUAGCAGUUGCCACCGAACAGUUGGAUACAGCGGUGUUUGCACCAUAUGCAAGAGACCUCGUCUUUGCAUAG